AUGUCUUCUUCGAAUGAGAAAGUCAAUAGACUAAUCUUGGAUUACUUUAUUCACGAAGGAUACAAACAAGCAGCCAUUGAAUUCAACAAGGAAUUGAAUGCUACCCCUGAGAAUAAUGAACAUCUGACCGGCAACUCCACGAAACAUGAUCCGACAGCUUCUAUCCCUACUAAUCAAUUCAUGACAAAUAUUGACCAAACAAACAAUGAAAGGGAGUUUUCAGACAUGGUUGUACACUAUUACAAUGAUAAUAAGACGGUCGCCAACGACCUUGAUGGAGUAUCUCGUGUUCACGAUAACAAAGAUAUCACGUCAGCCAUGAGUUAUUCCUCAAUAUUACAGAGACAAGAAAUCAAAACACUUAUACUUAAUGGGGAGAUAACUGAAGCAAUUAAGAAAAUCAGCCAAUACUACCCUAUGAUUCUAGAUUUAAAUAACUUGUUGCAUUUCAAAUUGCUACGAUUGAAUCUUGUGGAAAUGAUCAGAAAUCACAAGUUUAACAAUGUCGUUGAUCAGUCGGAAAAAGAUUUUCUUGCAACAAUUUUACAGUUUGUUCGUGAAAACUUGAUCAAUAAAGUGUCGAAUCUGUUCAAGUUGUUGAAGGAGUUGGAAAUUACCAUGAGUUUAUUGUGUUUUCGGUUUGAUCCAAAUAUUAAAAACCUUGAGGACCAAGCAGAUUUGCCCGAAGAAUUGAAGAAGAUAUUUAGCUUGUCUUUAAGAAGUCAAUGCUAUAGAUUGGUUAACCGUGCUAUCUUGAAUAUACAUAGCAAUAGUGAAAACAAUGAUGUCUUGUUCGAGAGUCGCAAGAAGGAGUCAGGCUCUGCAACCAAAAACAAUCUAGCCGACAAUGUAUUGGAAGGGGAUGAUGAGUUAAACCAACGGAAAAUGACCACAACGUACCAUGGACCAAAAUUUGCUGAGUUUGAUUUAUCCAGCCUCGAUGAGUACAAGUCCAAGUAUUACCGAAGUAGGAGUGAUAGCAUAGAUCAAACUGGUUUGAUUGACCCACAGCAAAAACAGCCACAACAUGGAAAUCAAGAGGAAGAUGACGACUUAUUGGAUGAUGAUUCUGAUGAUGACAUUGAUGUUGACACGAUUGAAUACACCAUUAACAGUACAAAUAAUUUGUUGUUUAAGCCAGACAAAGAGGACAAUUCCAAUAAGGACAACGCUUUUGUUGUACGUGACAAUGAAGACGAUGUUACCAAAUUAACUGAUCUAUCUUUAGGGUCAAGGUUAGAAAAAUUGAUCAAACUUUGGGUCUUGACAGAACAAAGAAUGGUUGAUUUGAACAUAAUCCCUUCCAAGAAUUUCAAAAAUAUCCUACAUAGCAAUGGAUAA